GUCCCAGAUCACACUUUCAGAACUGGCCCUCUAUAACGUGCAGGAAAGGACCACGUCUACUUUUGUUUCACUCAUCCUGAGCACCCUGCUCAGGGGAGCGGGCAAUAAGGAAUGAUGAAGAAACUUCUGGGCCACCGGUUCCCCAUCCUGGGCCAACAGCCCCAGCCUCCGUAGCAGCCGAACUCCAGUCUUUCUCCACCCCUGCAAGCGACCCCGCCUCUGGGCCUUUGUGACGUCACAGCGGGACCGGAUAAUGGUUGCCUUGGCAACGUAAACGCAGGGCCCAGAAGCGCACAUUGGAGAACCGUGGAGCUAAGCCUUCGGAGCGAACCCGGGCGCGCGUGGCCGGUGCGCGAGCCCUGGGCUGGCUUAGGGGGUGAGACUCUCCUUCAGCCAACGUUAAGCUUUGAGUCGACCCAUUGGUCCCCAGCCAGGAUGUCCAAGAUAUCGCCCACUAGGGUCUCCAACAAUGUGACCCAUGACAGGAAGAGUCUGGAAUCCAAGAACGGUUCUUCUUCAGUCACUGAAAAAUUGGAGAAAGGUGCAAAAACAGGCAAAGGAGCGAGAGCAGAAGAAGAAGAUGCGGGUACACGAGAAAAUGACAUAUGCCUCCAAGUUGUCUGCCAAGAACAGCAGCCUACGGCAGGAGCUGCAGCUCCAAGAGGAGAUGGAUGCCCAGGCGCUGCUGGCCAAGGUCAAGCAGCUGCAAACAUUUGGUGACAACACGGCCUGGAAGCUGAUCAUGACCAAAGAAAAGAAAUUGGAACCUGAUUCGAUAAGCAAGUACAUUGACCAGAAUCGAAAGAUGUUUCUCAUCCAGUAUUCCCUGGAUAUGAAACGCAGUGAGAUCCGGCGGCUAGAGAUGCUGGCAACCUGGGAGGAGACCAAGCUGGAGCAGGCUGAGAAGUCUCUGGAGAAGGACGCAGCCUUGUUUGAUGAGUUCCUCAGGGAGAAUGAUCGCAGCUCAGUGCAGGCCAUGAGACUGGCUGAGAAGGAUACCAAAGCCAAGGUGGAGAAGAUCAUGGAGAUCCAGGACCUCACCACUCAGAUUGUGAAUAUAAAAAGUGAAAUCUCCAAACAGGAAGACACUCUACAGCAAUACAGGAUCUAUAAGGAUUUUCUGUACAAGCUGUCUCCCAAGGAGUGGCUGGAGGAACAGGAGAAGAAGCGGUUGGCUCUCAAAAAGGCCAAGGAGCUUGCUGAGACCCCCAAAGAGGGGAGUGUGUCCUCCAUACCAGUGGACAAAGGACCAGGGAGCAAGGGCAAGAUGGUCUCUCUGUGGGCCAGAGAGGCUCAGGGCUUGAAGAAGCCCUGGAAGCUUCUUCAGGCAGUGAGGCUGGGGCAGGUCCCAUCCAGCAGCAGCAGUGUCCAGCCUACCAGUCAGCCCAGCAUGCCUAGCCGGUUGGACUCUAAAGGGUCAAGCUCUACCCUCCCAUCCCUCCAGUCUCAGGAGGACACUGACAGUGAAGGAGAGGAGCUGCCACUGUACUUCACGGAGCCCCAGAAGCUCCUGGAUGUCUUCACAGAGCUGGAAGAGCAAAACCUGUCACUGAUCCAGAACAUGCAGGAGAUGGAAGAAACCUUGGAUGAGCUGAAACUCAUCCUGAAAAACACACAGAUCCGCAUGGACAGGGAAGUCAACCAGCUGAAGCAGUGGAUCACCACUCUGAUGAUGUCCCUUGCCAAGGAGGAGGAGACUGCUGCUGAGCUGGAGCUCAAAUCCCGAGUCUUCCACUUUGGGGAGUACAAGGGUGAUCAGCAGGACCAGCUAUUGGAGACCCUGAGCUACAAGGUGCAGGAUGUGUACCGGCAUUGUGUGGGCACCCAGCAGGAAGCCAACCUGGGCACUAUACAGAUGCUGACCAUUAUUGAGCACCAGCUGGAUGAGCUGCUUGAGAACCUGGAGCAUGUAACCCCAGCCAAGAUUGAGCAGGCUGAGAAGGCCAAGGAGAAAGAGAGGCGCAUGAAGCUUCGGGAAGAGAAAGUCCAGUUGCAAAGGCUGUUGCAGGAGGAGCGACUGCAGCGGGCUCGGGCCCGGGACCAGGCUGAGAUCAAGAAAAAGAGAGGCAGAAAACUGGUGUGCCGCUCCCACCCUCCAGCUCCCAAAGUAAAGGAGACCUCUGAUCACAUGCUGAUGGACAAGGAUAAAGAGGAGCAGCUUUUCUUCUUCACUUAGCCUUUACCAGGCUACAGCUGGCUUGGCUGAGGGUGCAGAAGAGGUUAGCAGCAGAAGCAGGCUGGGUCUGAAGGGAUCCUGACUCUGCCCUCUGUCUCUCCUAUAAGCUUUCUGAAAUAAAUUUGUUUCUUUGAUGUCUUCAUGGCCUGAUUAAGGAAGCAACCACUGUCACCAACUCUCAGCAUCCUUCUCCUUCUCAUUUAAUCCUAAGCAAAUGCCUGAGAAAAGGACUGCGAUCUUGGUUCUCA